GGCCACGGGAGGCUUCUGGUUGAUUUGUGAGCCUGUAUAAGGAAGUUGGGGUUUUUCCUUUUCUUGACAUCAUCAAACUGCCAGCAGGCAACCAGCGUGGAGGUUUUGGGCGAGUCAUAUGCCGAGACGUGAUGAACGACAUCGUUGGGACCAUGUUUAGUAAGCCUUUUAUGGAUGAACUUCUCAAACCUCAGCAGCUGUAUUCUCACAGGACAAUGAAAACAGUGCUAACUCGGUUAGCGCACGCCUCCAUCAUGAGGUUGAACCCGGCCAGCAUGGACAGGCUUUAUGAGCUGAUGAUCAUGGCAUUCAAAUAUCAAGUCUUCCUUUGUCCACGGCCAAAAGAUUUGCUGCUCAUCUCUUACAAUCACAUGGACACCAUCAGGGAAUUCGUAAAAGACACUCCUGCGGUUGUGAACCAAGUGGACGAGACACACAGGAAGAUCAUUGAGGUUUACUCGUCCUUAUCAGAAGGUGAAUUCCAGCUUCUGAGACAAACACUGCUCAUAUUUUUCCAAGACAUGCAUGUUCGUGUGUCACUUUUCCUCAAAAACCAAGUCCAGAAUCCCAACGGACGUUUUGCCCUGUCCACAUCAGGCCCAGUGCCUCAUGGGAUAGAUGUCCCAGGGCUCAUUAGAACAUUUGACAAUAAGGGCAGAGAAGUGAGACGAAGUGAGUUCCCCACAGGAGGAAGUUACACCAGCCCAGUGAGAGAGGGAUCUUUUGAACUGCAUGGGGACAGAGUCAUCCGACUGGGCACAAACACGUACACUCUGAACCAUCCAGAGGAGACGCACACAUCCAAGCCCACUUCUGUCAAGAGAGAUGACACACCCAACCUGAUGGCCAAAGAGGAGCUGAACCUGCUGGCUCGUCUGAUGGGCAGCAUGAAAGCCGAGAACACGAUCAGACCUGAAACCGGCUUUCGGAUCAGCCUGUUCACGACAGAGCGAGAGGAGGAGGAGGAGGAGGCGGAAUCUUCGGGUGGAGCCGAGGAAGCCUUGUUUGGAGUGGUUAAUAUUCAAGCAAUGCAGGAUGAACAGGCUGCUACCGAGCUGGCUCGAAUCGCUGGACAGUUUACAGAACAGGAAGAGCAGCCUGAAAAGCCCAGCAGCAACAAAGGCGACGACCUGCUGGCCAUGAUGGAUGACCUCUGAUCCUGAUGUGAGAUGGUCAGACACAUUUAUCAUUUCAGCUUUAAUGCCUAAAUCUGGUUGAUGCCAGCCUUUAUCUCAGGUGAAAUCAGAUUGUCUGUCAUUGUGAGCUUCUGUUUAAUCUGUGAAAUAUGCAGUUGUUGAUGUGUUCAGUUCUGUACUUGUUUAACGCCGAAGUAAGAUUAGAGAUGAAUAUUUCUGAUUUAUACUGUAGCGAUUUUUAGUUUUAAUUACUAGCAAAUGAAAAAUUACAGCAUGAAUGGACUACAAAUUGUAAAACUGUUACAUUUGAUAAUGUAUUUUCUAUAUAAUAAUAUAAGUUUUAAGAAAAGCAUUUAUUCAUAUUUUUUUGUUUGUGUCCUUUUUUUACUCAAUGUGAGACCUAUUUGCUUUGGAGUCUGGAGAUGCAGGUAUAUAUGGUGCAUACAUGGAGAAAAUAUAUUAUUAUAUUAAUAUCCACGUGUGUAAAUAUAUUGGAUGACAAAUUUAUUGUUGUAUCAACGUCUUUAUUUAUUUAGGAAUUGUAAUAUACUAGCCGGCAUACUAGACAAAGUGUAUUUAUUGCUAUUUAUUGCUAUUGUUAUUUUAUGCCAUAGAUCUGAUCAUAAUUUUGAUACUUGAUUAUUUUCUUCACCUGUUUAACUUAAUUAAGGUACCAUAACUUUGUUUUGCAUGUUUAGUUUGUGUGGCUGCUGUUUUGGCCAGGACUCCCUUGUAAACAGGAUUUUUAAACACGGUGAUGCCCUUCGAUACAAAUGGGGACAAAUAAAUAAUACAAAGCGACAAGAACAGAUGAAUAAAAUCGCCUCCCGUGGGGAGU